UCGAACGACUGUUUAUGUAAAAAUAAAAAGUGUUGUUGUGCGUUGUGUUGUUCUUGUACUCACUCUCUCAACUCUCUGAGUUGUUGUUUCUGAAAACAAAGAAAUCAUCAUCAUCUAGCAGCGAAACAUAGAAUAUAUUUCGAAUUCAAAGAAAACAUUUCAAUAAUAAUUUGUGCGUCUACGUCAGAUCGAACGUCGAUGGCCCAUACGAAUGUGAAUUAUAAGACGUUAAAUGAAGAGCAGCAGCAGCAGCAGCAUAAAAUUAUGACUGAAGGUCAUGCCUACGAAGCGAACGAUGUGGAAGAUACACCAAGAAGCAGUGGUGUUCUUUUGCACACAGUGCCCGAAAUCAAUAGGGCACGAUGGAAUCACAUUGAAGAUUUAGAUUCGUUCUUUACGCGAAUGUAUCACUAUCAUCAGAAGCAUGGUUUCCUGAUAAUUGUGCUGGAGGAGUUUUUCCAAUUGGUGGAAUUUGCUUUUGUUGUGUGGUUGGUAACCUUCGCCGUCCAUUGUAUUAAUCAUGAUGUACUGUUUGGUCACACCAUGCCAGCGGACAAUCAUACCAAGAUAACGAUAGAUGAUGUUAUAAUACCCAUGGAUGUGUGUGUGGACAAUUUCAAUGGGUUCACCUAUUCGAUAUUGUUUGUGGCAGCUCUGUAUUUGUUAAUACGCACUAUCAAGGUGCUGUAUCACAUCUCCCAGUAUUGGGACAUUAAGAAGUUCUAUAACACAGCCCUGCACAUCGAGGAUGGCAAUUUGGAUAAUGUCACUUGGCAUGAGAUUAAAAAGAAGGUGCGUGAGGUCCAGGCGGAACAGCAUAUGUGCAUUGAUAAAGACCAUUUAACGGAUUUGGAUAUCUAUCAUCGGAUAUUGCGUUUUAAGAAUUAUUUGGUGGCCUUGAUGAAUAAGAAUUUGCUGCCUGUACGUUUUACCCUACCUAUUGUGGGGGAGGUGGUGACGCUGAGCAGGGGACUGCUGUUUAACAUUGAUUUGAUAUUGUUUCGCAGUCCAGGAUCACCGUUUCAAAAUAACUGGCAGCUACACGAUGACUAUUCGGUGAGGGGUAAUCAACGAGAGUUGGCCAAUCGUCUGUCAAAACUGAUUUUGUGGGUAGCUAUAGCAAAUCUGGUGUUUGCUCCAAUUAUUUUCAUCUGGCAAUUGGUGUAUUUUUCAUUUACCUAUGCAAAUAUCUUGAAAAAGGAACCGGGAGCCUUGGGCAUGAGAACUUGGUCGAAUUACGGCAGAUUGUAUUUGAGGCAUUUCAAUGAAUUGGAUCAUGAAUUGGAUGCCAGAUUGAAUCGGGCCUAUGAGUAUGCGGAUCGUUAUUUAAACUCAUUCUCCUCACCGUUGUUGGCGGUGAUUGCCAGGAAUAUUUUAUUUAUCACCGGUGGCAUGCUUUUGCUGAUAUUGGCCAUGGGUAUUUAUGAUGAAUAUGUCUUCCAAGUGGAACAUGUAUUGACGAUAAUCACUCUGUUGUCUGCCAUUGGACUGGUGUGUCGCAACUGUAUACCCAACGAGAAUUUGAUUUGGUGCCCGGAACAAUUGAUGAAUGCUAUAUUGGCUCAUGUCCAUUAUUUGCCAGCAAAUUGGAAAAAUCAAGCCCAUACCUCGAUGGUGCGACAUGAAUUUGGAAAUUUCUUCCAAUUUAAGGCCAGUUAUUUUAUCAAUGAGAUACUGAGUCCCAUUGUGACGCCUUUCCAGCUGCUGUUUGUCUUUCGUCCAAAGGCUUUGGAAAUUGUUAAAUUUUUCCGUAGCUUCACCGUUUCCGUGAGGGGUGUGGGCAAUGUUUGCUCCUUUGCCCAGAUGGAUGUACGUAAACAUGGCAAUCCAGAAUGGCAGCCGGGUGAGAUGUCUUCCCUGCACGCCGAUGUGCCGUUGGGUGAAAAAAUGCAAACGGCUGGCAAUAAUGGCAAGACGGAGUUGUCUUUGCUACGUUUUACGCUGACUAAUCCUGAAUGGCAAAUGCCUCCCGAAGCCGUGCAAUUUGUAAAUGGUGUCCGCCAGAAUGCCCUCACCGAUUUGAGUAAGCUUAAGAAAAAGGAAUUCACCUUGAAUCCCCUGACGGAAAGUUUGGUGUCGUUUGGCACUAUUGGAAAUGAAUACUCAUCGAUUGCCAAGUCAUUGCUGUUCCAUCACAAUGUCCACAAUGGUGAGGAGGCAAUGGGCCAAAAUCCAAAUCACUGCCAGUGUUAUUUUGAGCAAAUGCUACAGCAGGGCCUGGGAGAACAUUCACGUAUGCAGGACAAUAUGAGUGUCUCGCGACGCAUGAUGGGCACUAUGCGCCGUGAUGAAAAUGCCAAAAUAUUGGGGGCCUCCAAAAUGGAGGGUAGCAUUAAUGGGCCAUCAGAGUCGUUAAUAUGCAGUCUCUAUGGUCCCGCCAGUGCAGCAUGCUAUGAUAAGCCUCAAGAUUUAACCGUAGCCGAUAUGUGUCUCAGUGUCCUGUAUUUGCAUGAAAUGCAUCACAAAACUGUACAAGAAAACCCAAUGUUUAUUGCCGAAGGCGAUGAACACCACCAGCCACCAUCAGAUCCUGGCACAGAGGUGAAUGUGAUAAGACCUGGUACCUCAACGGAUACCAUUGUCACCACAAACUCUGCCUCCGCUGCAGCGGAAACAACUCCUCUGUUGGGUUUAAGGUCAUAGCAUAAACAAAUUUGGAUUUAAGUCAUCAUUAGCAUCAGCAUCAAUGUCAUCGUCUGCACGUCAAAUGAUCAAAAAUAAACACAACUUGUUGUUGUUUGUUUUUGUCGUCGUCGUGAUGAAUCGUUAUCCCAUUUGAUGAAAUAACUUCCAUGGAAAAUUUCUACAAACUAUACUCAAGUGAUUCGCUCACAAACAGAUUCUAAAGGAAAUCGAAUGAUGGGAGAUUUUACUACUCCUGGAUGGGAUAGACGGACGGGUGAACGCAAAGUUUCUACAAAACAAAUCAAACGAACGAACACCAAUGAAGCCUAACUCUCUACAGUUCGAUGAUGAAAUGAAAAACAAAAAACGCUUAAACUUAAGUAUGUAGAUAUGUUUCUCAUUUACUUUUUUUUUCUAAUUAUAUUUUUAAAUAAUGUAAUUCAAGUGAUGUAAUGUAUGUACGAAAGUUCUUGUUUUUUUUUUUUGGUAGUGAUCAUUUUAUUUUGAACUCAAAUCUUUAAAUUGAAUGUGAAAUGCCAUAAACGAAGAAAACAAACAAAGUACACGACUCUAAUAGGUUUAUAACGAAAACGAGAGAAUAAAAAAAAAAUAAAUAAAUGAAAAAAAAAUUUAAAAAAAUGUAUUAACAAAGUUUAUUGAUGAUAUUUCACUACUAAUAAAAUGAAUUAUGUUAAAAUUAAAA